CGUAGUUUGGUCUCCGCUCCGAGGCUGUGUGUGUCAGUGUAGGACUCGUUUGUGACCGCACCAUGGACGGAGGACGCCGCUGACAAGCCGCAUCCGAGCCGUCCAGGUUUUUAUCGGGAAUAAUCUUGGAAUUAUCUGCUUUUAAACUAAACGAGAAUACUAUUUUUUUUUGUUUUUUGUUUGUUUUUGUUUUUUUUGAGCGGUGCGAACUUCACUGAGUCUCGCACAAAUAGUGGAUCGUGGGAAUACGCCGGAGAAGACUGCCGACGUUGUUAUCAGAGGAGGAUGGGGAGCCGGGGUCACUACCGAUACCACUGGCAGAGCCACAAUGUCAAACACAGCGGAGUGGACGACAUGGUGCUGCUCAGCAAGAUCAACGAGGAAGCCAUUGUGGACAACCUCAAAAAGAGAUACAUGGAUGACUACAUCUUUACAUACAUUGGUCCUGUGCUCAUUUCCAUCAACCCCUUCAAGCAGAUGCCAUACUUUGGAGACAAAGAAAUUGAGAUGUACCAGGGUGCAGCUCAGUAUGAGAACCCUCCUCACAUCUACGCUCUGGCAGAUAACAUGUACAGAAACAUGAUGAUUGACUCUGAGAACCAGUGUGUCAUCAUCAGUGGAGAGAGCGGAGCAGGGAAGACUGUGGCAGCCAAAUACAUCAUGGGCUACAUCUCCAGAGUGUCAGGUGGCGGGCCCAGAGUACAGCACGUCAAAGACAUCAUCCUGCAGUCCAACCCACUGCUAGAGGCCUUUGGAAACGCCAAGACUUUGAGGAACAACAACUCCAGCAGAUUUGGGAAAUAUUUUGAGAUCCAGUUCAGUUCUGGUGGUGAACCAGAUGGAGGGAAAAUCUCCAACUUUCUCCUGGAGAAGUCACGUGUCGUCAUGAGGAAUCCUGGAGAGAGGAGUUUCCACAUUUUCUAUCAGUUAAUAGAAGGAGCCAGUGCAGAGCAGAAGAACAGCCUUGGAAUCACAAGCUUGGAUUACUACACUUACCUCAAUACGUCCGGCUCCUACAAAGUGGAUGACAUCAACGACAAAAGUGACUUCCAGGAGACAAUGCACGCUAUGGAUGUGAUUGGCAUCGCGGCAGAAGACAGCUCCAUGGUGCUUCAGAUUGUGGCUGGAGUCCUGCACCUGGGAAACAUCACCUUCAAAGAGUCAGGCAACUAUGCUGCCGUGGAGAGUGAAGAGUUUUUAGCGUUUCCUGCGUUUCUCCUCGGCAUCGACCAGAACCGUCUGAAGGAGAAGCUGACGAGCAGAAAGAUGGACAGCAAGUGGGGAAGUACGGUGGAGUCCAUCGAUGUGACCCUGAACGUGGAGCAGGCCUCUUACACACGAGACGCCCUCUCCAAAGCCCUGCACGCUCGUGUGUUUGACUUCCUGGUUGAGUCCAUCAACAAAGCCAUGGUGAAGAAUCAUCAGGACUUUAAUAUCGGAGUGCUGGACAUUUAUGGAUUUGAAAUUUUCCAAAAAAAUGGAUUUGAGCAGUUCUGCAUCAAUUUUGUGAAUGAGAAGCUUCAGCAGAUAUUCAUCGAGCUGACUCUAAAGGCUGAGCAGGAGGAGUAUGUGCAGGAGGGCAUCAAGUGGACUGCUAUAGAGUACUUCAACAACAAGAUUGUAUGUGAUCUCAUCGAGAGCAAAAACCCUCCUGGUAUCAUGAGCAUCCUGGAUGACGUGUGCGCCACCAUGCACGCGGUGGGGGAGGGAGCCGACCAGACCAUGCUGCAGAAGCUCAGAGUCCAAAUCAACACACACGAGCACUUCAACAGCUGGAACCAGGGCUUCAUCAUCCAUCACUAUGCUGGCAAGGUGUCCUACGACGCCGAGGGUUUCUGCGAGAGAAACCGGGACGUCCUGUUUAAUGACCUCAUUGAGCUGAUGCAGAGCAGUGAGAUUGCCUUCAUCAGAGCACUGUUUCCUGAAAACCUCAAUGCUGAGAAGAAGGGUCGACCCACUACUGCAGGCAGCAAAAUAAAGAGACAAGCAAACGAUCUUGUGAGCACACUGAUGAAAUGUACUCCGCACUACAUCCGCUGCAUUAAACCCAAUGAGACCAAGAAGCCCAAAGACUGGGAGGAGAGCCGAGUGAAGCAUCAGGUGGAGUACCUGGGUCUGAAAGAAAACAUCCGAGUGAGGCGUGCUGGCUACGCCUACCGCAGGGUCUUCCGGAAGUUCCUUAACAGGUACGCCAUUCUGACCAAAGAGUCCUGGCCAGUGUGGCGAGGAGACGAGAAACAAGGUGUCCUUCAUCUCUUGCGAUCGGUCAACAUGGACCAGGACCAGUUCCAGCUGGGGCGCAGCAAGAUCUUCAUCAAAGCCCCUGAGUCGCUGUUUCUGCUUGAAGAGACAAGGGAGCGCAAAUUCGAUGGCUAUGCCAGGACCAUCCAGAAAGCCUGGAGGAAAUACGUGGCCCGCAAGAAGUUUGUUCAGAUGAGAGAAGAAGCUUCCGAUCUGCUGUUGAACCGGAAGGAGAGGCGGCGACACAGCCUGAACAGAAACUUCGUAGGGGACUACCUGGGAAUGGAUGACAGGCCAGAGCUCCGGCAGUUUUUGGGCAAGAGAGACAAAAUUGAUUUUGCUGACACAGUCGUAAAAUAUAACCGCAGGUUCAAGGGAACAAAGAGAGAUUUGAUCCUGACCCCUAAAUCUGUGAACCUGAUUGGAAGAGAAAAGGCAAAGCAGGGACCGGAGAAAGGUCAGGUGACCGAAGUGCUGAAGAGGCGGAUUGAGGUGGAAAAGAUCCUGGCGGUGUCUCUCAGCACAAUGCAGGACGACUUCAUGAUACUGCACGAGCAGGAGUACGACAGCCUGCUGGAGUGCGUCUUCAAGACGGAGUUCAUCAGCCUACUGGCCCGAAGGUUCGAGGAGAAGACUCAGAGGAAGCUGCCGCUCAAGUUUAGCAACGCAUUGGAGAUGAAGUUGAAGAAGGAGAACUGGGGCUUCCUGAGUGGAGGCGGCUCCAGGCAGGUGCUGUUCGCUCAGGGCCAAGGAGACAUACCCGUUCUGAAGCUUUCAAGCAAAUCCCUGCAGGUCAGCAUCGGAGCAGGACUUCCCAAGAAUACACGUCCAACCAGGAAGAGCUUCAGUCAGAGUCGCUCCAAUGUUUCAAGAACCCACCAAAACAUCCCGACAAGAGCCGCGCCAGGACCUCCAGUUGCUCACCAGAACGGCGGUCCGAAAAACACCAACCACGUCGCCAAUCAGAGGAACUCGCAGCAUCACAACCAGAGACAUCCCUCGUCCAGCAAUCCCACACAUCCCGUCCUGCCGAACAACGUCAGCCAGCUGAAGGAGCGAGGCGGCGGCAGCCGGCGAGAGCCCAACCUGGACUGUCUGCGAGUCCCCGAUCAAGGAGCCGCAGGUUCUGAAGACAGACGGCCAGCUUCAAAUGGAGGAAUUGCCCACAGACCGUCAGCCAGCAGGCCUCCGCCGGGAGGAGGGCGACCCAAGCCUGCACCCAAACCCAAACCCCAGGUGCCCCAGUGCAAAGCCCUGUACGCCUACGACGCCCAGGACACCGAUGAGCUCAGCUUCAACGCCAAUGACAUUAUCGACAUCAUCAGAGAGGAUGCAUCUGGAUGGUGGACGGGACGACUUCGUGGAAAGCAGGGACUUUUCCCCAACAACUACGUCACCAAGAUCUAGGAGCUGCCAGCUUGCAGCACAAGCCUGCUGCGUCCAUGCUGACCCUCUGAGAGGAAGGGAUGAAGCCUGCAGUCCGAGAUAGAAGCACUGGGAGACACUUCCUCCACUACUGUCUUAUCGAAAACGAAUGUAUCUCUUGGUUUCGCCACCAGACCAUAAGGCCUUCGGGCUUGAAAUUAGGCUCUCCUCCAAGGACAAAAAGACUGUUUGACCCCAGGGUCUGUUCUUCUCCACAGCCCCUUUGAGUACUGAACAAAACUAUUUAUUGUAUUUAUAGCUUUGUGUUCUCCUUACUGUCAUUAUAUCUUGCCGAGGAUUUGAACUUAAACAUUUUUGAAACGUUGGAAUUAAGUCUGCUAAUUCUCUGGGACCAGGCUGUGAUUUAUUUUAUUUUUGUUUUGUUUCUCUUUUUUUUCCACUUUCAACAUGUUGCUUUUAAAUGAAGGUUUGAAUGUUGAAGUAAAUGUGGUCAUCUUGGUGUCAAAACUGAAGCGCAGUUUUUACCAGGAAUAUUUAUUUUAAUGCAAAACUGUCUCUCCAGGAACAGACACUCUGUGAUUUCAACAGUGAUUUUAAAAACCAAAGCAUCAUACACUAGCGUCAGUCUGUUCUGUUUAAAAAAAAAAAAAAAAAAGAAAAACUGUCGAGGGCAUUGCGGCAAAAUGGCAAAUCACCUGGAAAACCUCCUUCCGUAUUUUGCUGAUGUUUUUGUACUUCUGUCACACCAGUAUAUUUUGACAUGCAUGUAUACUGUAACCUGAGCGUGCGGUCUGUGGUGUUUUAGCACUUUAUUGUUACAGGUACUACCUUGGACACAGACACCAUCACUCAAUCACUCAUGCCACAGCCAGGAAGUCAACUUUAUGAAGGACAUGCUCGCAAUAAGCCUAGUUACUGAGAAGAAUAAUUUGUUUACAUUAAAUGAUUGAAAAAAAAGAGGCAUUUUUAAAAUCUGCAUCUGUAUAUGUGUUCAUAUGUAGUACACUUGAUGUUGUGUAGCAUAUUUUUUUUCUUUUUUUGUAUUUUAUAACUGAAGGAUAUUGGUAUGCUUUUCCUCCCUGAGCUUUUGAUACUUACGCAGCUGCUUUAUUUCCAUUUUAACUGAAGCUACAAAACAAUUUUUAUCACAAAUUUGAGGUGAAUGGAUUUUUGUUUUGUCAAGUGCAAACGGUGUUAAGGUAAAGAAGGUUGUUUUUUUUUUCUUCGUAGCACCAAAAAUAGUUUGAUUCUGCUCUUGAGUUUCUGCACAUCUCUUGUACUGCUGUUGCAGUACUGACACAUUCCUUGGUUGUUUGUUUUUUUUCACUUAAAAUCACACAGCCACAUCUUGCUAUAGUCAGGUAAACCUGCUGGGACGUCUGUCGUAGAACUGUAUGAUUGAAUAUAAUUUGAUCUUGGAUGCUUGAAAAACAUCCUUGUGCAAUAUACACUAAUACUGAAUCUUUUAAUAAAGCAUGUAAUAUUGCAUAA